AACCACGAGUUGAAGGAAAUCAAGCAAACCAAACCACCUCAAGACCACCACCACCACCACCACACCCCAACAAAUCCCAUAUUUAAAUAAUAACAAUCCCCAGAGUGAUUCAACCAAUUCCAAAUUCACAGAACUGAUGACGAUGAUGAUGAUGAUGAUGAUGAUGAUGAGGCCACUGCACACUAGUAGAUUGCCAUCCUCCCCAUAUUUACCAUUCUGCCACAACCACUCUCCUCCCACCUCUCUUCUCGCUCCCAAACCCCCAUUUCUCAUUCUUGUUCCUCCUCCAAAACAAUACCCAUCUCUGCUAAAUUCAUACCCUAAUCAGAAAAACAGGCACAGACAACAAAGACCCAUCAUAACAGCUCCAAUGGCUUCUUCAACUCCAUCAUCAACCACAGGAGAGGCAGAGGCAGAGGCAGAGACCAAACCCUUCUCAGUCCUCUUUGUGUGCCUUGGCAACAUCUGCAGAAGCCCAGCUGCUGAGGGUGUCUUCACUGAUUUGGUCAAAAAAAAGGGCCUUGAUUUCAAGUUCAAGAUUGACUCUGCUGGCACCAUUAAUUACCAUGAGGGUAACGAAGCAGACCCAAGAAUGAGGGCUGCUGCUAAAAGGCGUGGAAUCCAGAUAACUUCAAUGUCAAGGCCGAUACAGCCUGCUGAUUUUAGAGAUUUUGAUCUCAUUCUUGCAAUGGACAAGCAAAACAAAGAUGAUAUACUUGGAGCUCUUGAGAGAUGGAGUUUUAGAGAGACCUUACCUGCCGAUACAUAUAAGAAGGUUCAUUUAAUGUGCUCGUACUGUAAGAAGCAUGAUGAAACUGAAGUUCCUGAUCCUUACUAUGGUGGACCACAAGGUUUUGAGAAGGUUUUGGAUUUGCUAGAAGAUGCUUGCGAAUCACUGUUAGGCAGCAUUUUGGCAGAGAACAAUCUCAUUUUGGAUUCUUAAUGGAAGCCAAUUGAUUCAAUUUUCUAGGCUCCUGUUCAAUGAUGAAUAUAAUUUUCUGGCCAAUGCACAGAGUAUGUCACCCAUUUCUGUUUGUAGCGUUCAAAUCCACAGUCGACUUAAAUCUGUUGCAGUCAUGCUUGUAAUCCGUUUGUUUUUGUAAGUUACUAGAACAACAGAAUUCUCGAGUGUAAUUUAGUAUGUACCCUAUUGCACCACAUGAUUUUUCAUUAAUGAGCUGAUUAUGAGAGUUGCAAAAAACUUGGAUGGAAGAUUUCUUUAUCA